AUGGGAUGCAUUAUUAGCAUAGAUGAAAAUCCGCGUGCCACUCCAAUAUAUAACUUCAUAAUACUUAAACCGCUUGAAGAUAACAAAUUGUGAUCCUUAAGGAAGUUGGGAAAACCUAUUCCACAACGUUCGUUCCUUAAGGAAAGUAUGGGCCAGAAAACCCCUGACACAUGCGACACUAUGUCGCCUGGGUUAAUAGAACUCAUAGUUGAAGAAGAACAAAAUUUGUAA